CUCCUAGGCUGAACUCAGCAGAUCGGCCCCUGAAAACUUCUGUAUUGAGACAAAGGAAAGGAUCCAGCAGAAACAUCUGUUAGCCUGGGCUUGGCAGGAAGGAAGGGGACAUGUAGUGGAAAUCUUGCAAUCCGAAAAACAGACUGAGAGGUGACAAAGAAGCCGAAGAUGGGUGGUGGAGAGAGGUAUAACAUUCCAGCCCCUCAAUCAAGAAAUGUUAGUAAGAACCAGCAACAGCUUAAUAGACAGAAGACCAAGGAUCAGAAUUCCCAAAUGAAGAUUGUUCAUAAGAAAAAAGAAAGAGGACAUACUUACACCUCAUCAGCAGCUGCACAGCAGGCCAUGCAAAAUGGGGGGAAGAACAAAAAUUUUCCAAAUAAUCAAAACUGGAACUCUAGCUUAUCAAGUCCUAGCUUACUUCUUAAGUCUCAAACUAAUCAAAACUAUGCUGGAGCCAAGUUUAGUGAGCCACCAUCACCAAGUGUUCUUCCUAAACCACCAAGCCACUGGGUUCCAGUCUCCUUUAAUCCUUCUGAUAAGAAGAUAAGGACAUUUCAACUUAAAACCUUACUUAAAGUACAGGUAUAAAAUAAGAUAAAAUACUACUGUUUAAAUUUAGUUAUAUUUCAGGGUAGUUGUCCAUUGUUUCAGGCCAAAUUCACUAGGGAAUUAAUCUAUUUGUAAAACUGCUAAUGUGGAAAAUAUAAUUAGACUUCAUCUCACCUAUUUUACAUGUUGUGUGCACUGUGAAGUAAUAGUAGUAUCAGUGCAACUUAAAAUUAACUAAAUUAUUGAUGAUUGUACACUGAUACUGUGUUCUCAACUGCGUAACUCUUAAACCUGUCAAAUUUAGAUUUGGGGAAUGGUAAUCAACUUUUCCUGU